AUGUCUACGAACAAAGUUGCCUGUACUUUCCUGAGAAACGGGAGUGUAGCCAGGUUGAUUUUAUGCAGUGAUCACAGAGUAUACUGUGAAACACACAGAAAUCUGCAUGCUUCCACGGAAAAUCGAUUCCGUUUACAGCAAUUCAAUAAGGUAGAAGCGAAACUUGCUGGAAAUCAGAAGCCAGACUGGAACAGAGCUGUUUCAGAAGCAGAGAAAAUUGUUGGAUAUCCCACAUCGUUUCUAAGUUUGCGAUGGCUUCUAAGCGAUGAAAUUGCAAAUGUAGCACUCCACCUGAGGAAAUUAGUAGGAUCUAAUCAUCCUUUAUUGAAAACAGCUAAGAGUGUGAUCUUUAAUGGACGCAAUCAUAUGCAAGCAUGGGGUCUUAUUGUACUAUUGAUCUCUAAAGCUGCUGGACAUUUAAAUGUAGAUGACAUGGAGGAAGAUAAGGCUGCUGGUGUUCUACAUAGUCAGCGAGCACUGGCAGAAGUCACUGAAAUGAUACGUACUAGUCAUCUUGUACAUAAAGGAUUGAUAAAUAUAGGAUCAGGUGCUCAUUUAGAAACUUCAGAAUUAAAUGACAUGAAUGUUGGUAAUAAGAUUGCAUUAUUGAGCGGAGAUUAUUUACUAGCCAAUUCUUGUGCUGAAUUAGCAAAUCUUCGUAACCAGGAAAUUGUAGAAUUAAUGUCAAGUGCAGUAAGAGACUUGGCUGAAGCAGAAUUUAUAGGACGUAGAGAUAGUCAAAAUAAUCCUUUGCCUUCUGUACCAUCCAAAGAUUGUACAGAUUAUGCAGUGGAAGAAUGGACUCUAAGAAAUGUACUAAGUGCUGGUGCAUUACUUGGAAAAUCGUGCAAAGGUACAUUGAAACUCGCUGGGCACAGCAAUGAAAUACAGGAACAGGGUUACAACUUUGGAAAACAUUUAGCAUUAGCUUGGCAAGCUUGUUUGGACUUGGGUCCAUUUAUUACAAAAGAUCAAAGUGUAACAUUCAAUCUGUGUUCAGCACCAGUUAUGUUUCAUAUAGAACAUGACCCAUCAAUUUUGACUGAAAUCGAUAGAGGUUUAGACUCUGUAAACAAUGUAGAUUACACAAAGGUUCGCGAGAUUAUUUUGAUGGGACCAGGUGUUGAAUUAACGAAGCAGUUGCAAAAAAGACAUUCGCAAAGGGCAAUGGAAGUUUUGAGUGUAUUUGAAAAGAGUGACGCAAGGACAGCAUUAUACAAUAUUAUAGCAGCCAUGGGAGAUUUUUGA